AUGAGGAGGCACGACGAGUUCAGAAAGAGGUCGAGUUCAAAAGUUACCGACAUCCACACCGAAGUAACCGCAGUAAAAACCUCAUUGUUCAGUGCUAAUGAAGAAUUGAAGAACAAGGACUGGAUCAUCGAAUCGUUGAGACAAGAGCUGGCGAAAUCCAGACAGUCCGAGAAGAGCAUGCAUGAUGCGUUGUUGGCUCAGAACAGAGAGUUGGAGAAGACCAAGGUCUCGCUCAGAGAAUCCAGGCAAGAGAUCAAGUCCUUGCUCGAGGGUAACGGUCGUUCUUUGGUCGAGUCCCUCGAGCAUGAGCUUCGAUUGGUUAAAUCGGAGUUGGCUAAAUCACAAGAGAAGGCUAACAAUCUGGCCGAGGAAGUGAACGUGUUCAAGAACGAACUGAGGUACACCUUCGAAGCCGAGGAGAACAACAAGAAAGCCAUGGAUGAUUUAGCUAUGGCUUUGAAGGAAGUGAUCACCGAAUCGAACUUGACCAAAGAUAAACUCUCGUUGACAAAGGAAGAGCUCGAGACGACCAAACGGAAGCUGAAAAAGGUGGAGGAGCGAUGCAUGGACGAGAAGAAAGAAGCUGAUCGACAAAAGAACAUCGCGACUAGGUUAAGGCUAGAAGCCGAAGAAACCCUGAUUUCGUGGAACGAGCACGAGAAAGGGUUCGUCGAAUGCAUUAAAAAGGCCGAAUCCGAGAGGAACGGCGCGCAGGAAGAGUGCAGAGCAUUGCAGAAAUCACUUAAAGAAGCUGGGGAAAUGAUCAAUAGAUCAAAGGAGGAGAUUCAGAGGCUGAGGGACAUAGUGAAACAGGCCUUAACUGAAGUAAAUGUAGCCAAAGAAGAGGCUAGCGUUGCCAGGGAAGAAAAUUCCAAGCUCAGAGACGCCCUUGCUCAAAAGGAAGAAGCUUUGAAAUUGCUUUACCAAGAAAGUGAAAGGCGUGCAAAGAGCAGAGCACAUGCACGGUCACGAUCACCGGCGAGAAGGACCGCGUUGAUGACGAUGAAGCAACACUAUGAAAUGGAGGAUUCUGAGCAAGAUAAGAAACAUAAUGAUCGUGAAAUAGAAAGUGAAACACCCACACUAAGACCGAGAAGAUCACCAUUACCGAUUCCGAUGGUGAUGAGGAAGACCGCAUUGAUGACGGUGAAGCAGUACUCCGAAACGGAGGAUUCUGAGCAAGAUAAAGAACAUAAUGAUCCUGAUAAAGAAAGCGAAGAACUCACACAAAGAACAAGAAGAACACCAUCACCGAUACCGAUGGUGAUGAGAAAGACCGCGGUGGUAACGGUGAAGCAGUACUCGGACAUGGAAAAUUCUGAACAAGAUACGGAACAUAAUGAUCCUGAUAAAGAAAGCGAACAACCUGCACUAGCACCAAGAAGAUCACCAUAUCCGAUACCGAUGGUGAUGAGAAAGACUGCGGUGGUGACAAUGAAGCAGUACUCCGAAAUAGAUGAUUCUGAACAAGAUGGGGAACAUAACGAUCGGGACAAAGACAUCGAACAACCCACAUUAACACCGAGAAGAUCACCAUCACCAAUACCGAUGGUGAUGAGAAAGACCGCAUUAACAACAAUGAAGCAGCGCCCCGAAAUGGAGGAUUCUGAGCAAGAUAAUGAACAUAAUGAUCGAGAUAAAGAAAGCGAACAACCUACACUAAGACCAACAAGAUCACCAUCACCGAUACCGAUGGGGAGAAAGGCCUCGUUGGUGACGAUGAAGCAGCACUCCGAAAUAGAGGAUUCUGAGCAAGAUAAGGAACAUAUUGAUCGAGAUAAAGAAAGUGAACAACCCAUACUAAGAACAAGAAGAUCACCAUCGCCGAUACCGUUGGGUAGAAAGAACGCGUUGGUGAUGAUGAAGAAGUCGGAAAUGGAGAAUUUCGAACAAGGUAAGGAACAUAAUGAUCAUGUUAAAGAAAGAGACCAACCCACACUGAAACCAAGAAGAUCACAAUCGCCGUUAACAGCAACACUGAAGACGGUGAGAAUGACUCGAUCGAUAGCGAGUGUGAAGGAGUUCUCGGAAACGGAGAGUUUUGAGCAAUACAUGAAACGAAAACAAAUGGAUUCAGCACAUCAUGACAAGGAACACAAUAAUCACGUUAAAGAAAACGAAAAACCCGCACCACCGUUACCAGGAACAUUGAUGACGGUGAGAAUGACUACGUCGAUGACGAAUUUGAAGGAUUGCUCGGUAAUGGAGGAUCCUGAACUUGGAAAGAAACCAAUGGAUUCAACACAUCAUGACAAGGAACAUAAUGAUCAUGUUAAAGAAAUCGAACAACCCGUUCUAAAACCAUCAGGAUCACCAUCACCGAUGAGGGAGUAUUUAGAAAUGGAGGAUUCUGGGCAAGGUAAGAACAAAAAAGCAAUAGAUUCAACACAUCAUUUCAAGGAACAUGAAGAUCAUGAUAAAGAAAGCGAACAACCCGCGCCAAAACCAUCAGGAUCACCACCACCAUUACUAGCAACAACGACGACGAUGGAGUGUUCAGAAAUGAAGGAUUAUGAGCAAGGAAAGAAAGAGAAACCAAUGGAUUCAACACAUCAUAACAAGGAACAUAAAGAUCAUGAUAAAGAAAGCGAUCAACCAGCACCAGCACCAAGACUAACGAGAUCGUCAUCACCGUUACCAGCAAUAAUAACUACGAUGACGAAGAUGACAGCACCUAUGACGGUGAAAGAGUUCUUGGCUGUGGAUGAUGAUGAAAUCGAUAAGUUACAAAAACCAAUGGAUCCAACACAAAGAGAACAACCAACGACGGCGACGAGAAGGAGUUCGACAUCGAUUUCGGUGAAGGAGCUCUUGGAAAUGGACGAUGAAGAGAUAGAUAAGAUUCAGAAUUCAAUGGACUCAAGUUCAGCACAUCAUAAAUCAAUGGACUUGAAUUCAACACAUCUUCACAAGGAAUCUAAAGAUCAUGAUAAAGAACCUGCUAAGAAAACAAAGUCUUUUAUAGCCGACAACACAUGUCUGAUUAUAAAAUUCCCACAUAAACACAAGCAAGCAGACGAAGAGCCCAAAAUCCCACCCAAAGAAAACGAUGAUAGUUCGGACUCUGAGGACUUCGACCCACUCAAGAGCUCCAUCUUCGACAUAGCUGAAACCCCGAAAAAUGAAGCUGGGGAGGACUUAACGAACAAUGAGGAGAAUCACCAUGCUCAUGAGCAUGGCGACGAAGAAACUGAUAAAACCAGAACAAGGAAAUUGAUUUCAAAAAUUGGUGGCUUUAUAGGAGUGAAGAAGAAUCCUCACAACAAGAAAGAGCAUCAAGUAGAAUAA